CUCUUGUCACAGGCACAAUGACUGUUUUGAUCUAUUUGAUUGUUUUGCUAUUUUCUGGAACAGCUUUUAGCCAAGAGAAAACGUAUGUCCUUACAGCACCAAAGAUCUUCCGAGCUGGGGCCUCUGAGAAAGUUGUACUUCAAGCUUUUGGUUAUGACAAGAAAUUUCCAGUCAAUAUUGCCCUAAAAAGCUUUCCAGAUAAAACUACUGUUUAUUCUUCCGGUCGGAUUUCUUUAACUCCAGCCAACAAAUUCCAAGAUUCUGUAACUUUAACACUUCAACCAACAGAUUUACCAAGAACUGAUAAUUCAGACAAGUUUUUGUAUUUGGAAGCUGUUUCUCCACAUUUUACAAGAGAGAAAAAAAUCCCUGUUUCCUAUGAGAAUGGGUUUCUCUUUAUUCACACAGACAAACCAAUUUAUACUCCUGAUCAGUCAGUGAAAGUCAGGGUUUACUCUCUGAAUGAAGAACUGCAGCCAGCUCGGAGGGAGACUGCCCUGACUUUUGUGGAUCCUGAAGGAGUAGAAGUGGAUAUUUUAGAAGAAAAAGAUUUUACUGGAAUAGUUUCAUUUCCUGACUUCAAGAUUCCUCCUAAUCCUAAGUAUGGAAUUUGGAAGAUCAAAGCCAAAUAUAAGAAGGAUUUUGCAACCUCAGCUGUGGCAGAAUUUGAAGUUAAGGAAUAUGCAAUGCCAAGCUUUUCCAUCCUCAUUGAGCCAGAAAGCAACUUUAUUAGUUCUGACAAAUUUGAGAGCUUCAGGAUUGCUGUGAAAGCAAGCUAUUUUUAUAACAAAAAGCUUCCAAGUGCUGAUGUUUUCCUUCGUUUUGGAAUAAUUGAAGAAAGUGAAAAAAAGAUGAUGCCUCAAGCAAUGCAUGUAACCAGGAUUGAAAAUGGAGUUGCUGUGAUCAAUUUUAACAGUAAGAAAGCAGCAAGUUCCAUAGGGUUCCAAAGUCUGGAAGAAUUGGAUGGGUCCUAUUUAUAUAUUGUGGCAUCAGUGUUGGAGUCUACAGGUGGCCUCAGUGGGGAAGUGGAAUUUGCUGGAGUCAGAUUUGCUGUGUCUCCCUACAAGCUGAGUCUGAUUGCUACUCCUCUCUUUGUGAAGCCUGGACUUCCCUUCUUCAUUAAGGUGCAGGUGAAGGACACAGUGGAUGACCCUGUUAGAAAUGUCCCCAUAACUGUCACUGCCAAAUCCCUGAGCGAGCAAAUGGACGAGACCCCGCUGAUCUCAGAGGGCUCCGAGUCCGGGAGACGCCAGACGAGCCUCAGGGAUGGCACUGCUUUGUUUGUCGUUAAUGUGCCAUCAGACAGCAAAGUGUUGGAGUUUCAAGUCAGAACUGCAGAUCCACGACUUUCAGAUGAAAACCAAGCAAGUAAAACCUAUGAAGCCAAAGCUUAUUCAUCACUGAGUCAGAGUUAUCUGUACAUUGACUGGGCUUCAAACCACAAAACACUCGAAGUAGGGGAUGUGAUAAAUAUUAAUGUUUAUCCACACAGUCACUAUAUUGAUAAAAUACAUCAUUACAGCUAUUUGAUCACAUCAAAAGGGAAGAUAGUAAGCUUUGGAACUCAGGAGAGAAAGAAGGAUUUGGAAUAUGAACCUCUAACUUUUGAGAUAACCCAAGCAAUGGUUCCUUCAGCACGUCUGAUUGUUUACUACAUAGUGACAGGAGAAGAAACUGCUGAGUUAGUGGCUGAUUCAGUUUGGCUGGAUGUGGAACAGAAGUGUGGGAAUAGCCUCGAGAUUAAGCUGCAGUCAAGCAAAGAGACACUGAAGCCAGCAGAGGUUGUAUCACUCACCAUGAAAACACAGUCCAGUUCCUUUGUUGCUCUGUCAUCUCUUGACAAGGCAAUAUAUGGAGUCACAGGAAGAAGAAAGGGAGCAAGGGAAAAGAUAAUGCUCCAUUUGGAAAAGAGUGACCUUGGCUGUGGGGCUGGAGGAGGAAGGAACAACAUCGACGUGUUCCGAAUGGCUGGGCUCACCUUCCUGACCAAUGCCAAUGCUGAUGACUCCAAUGGAGCAGGUGAACCUUGCAAUGAAGUGUUAAGAACCAAACGGUCUGACUUCGAGGAGAAGAUACACAAAAAAGCAUCCCAAUACAAACAUUCAAUCAUUCGGAAAUGCUGCAUGGCUGGAGUCAGAGCAUAUCCAGUGCUGGAGACCUGCAGUGACAGAGCCCAGAGAAUUCAGAGUAAUGAAAGGUGCAUUUCUGCAUUCAAAGAUUGCUGUGAAUUUGCCAACAAGCUGAGGCUGGAAGAGCCAAACAAGCUCCUAACCUUGGCCAGAAUGCAUUUUGAGUCUCUCUUGGAACUGGAUGAGGCACAAGUUCGAAGCUACUUCCCUGAAAGCUGGUUAUGGGAAGCUCACCAAGUUUCCUCCAGGUCCAAGACUCUGUCUGUCACCUUGCCUGACUCCCUGACCACCUGGGAAGUCCAAGGUAUUGGCAUUUCUGAUAAAGGUAUAUGUGUUGCUGCACCUUUGGAAAUCCAAGUUGUGAAAGACAUUUUCCUGAGCAUUUAUGUCCCUUAUUCCGUGGUACGAGGAGAACAAAUUGAGUUAAAAGGAUCACUUUAUAACCAUAAAGCCUCUGCAAUUAAGUUCUGUGUUAAAAUAGCAGCUGGAAAUGGAAUCUGUACUUUUGGAGCCUCUGCAGCCUCUGGAUCGAGCUGUAAAUUCAGGAAUCUGGGGGGUGGGUCUUCAGCCCCCCUGACAUUCCGGAUCCUCCCCCUGGAAUUAGGACUCCACACUGUCAACUUCACCCUGCUGAGCCCCAGUAACAGUGAGAUUGUGGUUAAAACUUUGCGUGUCAAGCCAGAGGGCAUCAAGAAAGAGCUGCAUGCAGGUUUCACUUUGGAUCCACAGGGUGUUUAUGGUUCAAUCAAGAGACGACAAGAAUUUCGAUACAGAGUCCCCCUGAAUCUGGUCCCUAAAACAGAAAUCGAUAGAAGUGUCAGUGUAAAAGGCCACCUGAUGGGUGAGGUGAUUGCCACAGUGCUCAGUCCCAGCGGGCUCAGGACUCUGGCUGAGCUGCCCAGGGGCAGUGCAGAGGCAGAACUCGUGAGCGUUGCCCCCGUUUUUUACGUGUUUCGCUACCUGGAGGAGUCGGACAACUGGCACUUGCUGGGGCCUGAAACCUUGACCUUGAGAACUCAGAUGAGGAGGAAGAUGAAAGAAGGAAUUGUGAGCAUCCUGUCGUUCCGAAACGCUGACCGGUCCUACAGCAUGUGGAAGGGCGGGCAAGCCAGCACAUGGCUGACAGCUUUUGCUUUAAGGAUUCUUGGACAAGUUUAUCAAUAUAUCAAUCUUGACCAGAUUGCUGUCUGUGAUUCCCUGCUGUGGCUGAUUGAUGACUGUCAAAUGCCAGAUGGGUCAUUCAGUGAAUUUUCCAACUACCAACCGGUGAAACUCCAGGGCACGUUACCUAGAGAAGCUAAAGAAAAAUCUCUGUAUCUCACAGCAUUUUGUAUCAUUGGAAUCGACAAGGCAAUUAAAAUAUGUCCUACUCAGAAAAUCCACGAUGCCAAAAGCAAGGCAGGAGAUUAUUUGAUGAGGAAUGUGCAGUUUGCUCAGAGCCCCUUCACCAUGGCCAUCACUUCCUACGCCCUGGCUCUCGUGGACCGGGACCAUCGCUCGGCGCGGGCGGCCUUCUCUGAGCUCCAGAGGGAAGCUUUUGUCAUAGGUGACCCUCCUAUCUAUAGGUUUUGGAAAGACACUUUCAAGACACAAGAUCAAAAUGCUCCCAGCUCUGUCACUGCCCAGAUGGUUGAAACCACAGCCUAUGCUUUGCUCACCACUUUGCUGAGAGGGGAGGAAAGCUAUGCCAAGCCAAUCAUCAAAUGGCUCUCUGAGGAACAAAGAUACGGUGGAGGAUUUUAUUCAACUCAGGACACAAUUAAUGCCCUUGAGGCCCUGACUGAAUAUUCCCUUCUUGUCAAACGGCUCAAUCUGGACAUGGAUGUUAAAGUUUCCUACAAAAACAGUGGACUCUUGGACAUGUUUAAACUGACAGAAGAUCAUUUCGUGGGAAGAGCUAUGACAGCACCUUUGCAAGAUGACAUCUAUGUGAGCACUGGCAGCAGCACUGGCAUAGCUACAGUAAAUGUGAGGACAGUGUAUAACACAAUUGGCACUUCUGAAGAGUCCUGUAACUUUGACCUGAAGAUUGUUCCAAAGAGAGAUGAUGGUCACCCAAGAAGAGAAGGGGAGCCACUGGGGCGCCUGGAGGCUUGUGCAAAGUACAGGCCCAGUGCAAGGGAGCCCCACUUGGGGUCUGCCCACACCGUGAUGGACAUCGAGCUGGUCAGUGGAUUGGAAGCAAAUCCAGAGGAUUUAUCCAUUCUUGCAAGUGGAGUCGACCAGUUGAUAGCAGACUAUGAGAUCAAGGACGGGCACGUCAUCCUGCAGCUCAACUCUGUGCCAGUUGAGAAGUUCCUGUGUGUUGGGUUCCGAAUCGGUGAGCUUUUCCGGGUCGGAAUGCUGAGUCCUGCCACGUUCACUGUGUAUGAAUAUCAUGCCCCAGAGAAAAGGUGCACUAUAUUUUAUAACCCCUAUGGAGAUGAAAAACUUGUGAGAUUGUGCGAAGGAGACGAAUGCAAAUGCAUGGAAGCUGAGUGUAGUAAAGUCCAAAGAAGACUUGAUGAGUCAAUAACUGCUGAGACCAGGAAAGAAGCUGCCUGUCAGAGGGACAUUGCAUAUGUUUAUAAAGUGAACAUCUUGUCUCGCAGCGAGGAAGGGUCUUUUGUGAAGUAUUCUGCAACUCUUCUGGAUCUCUACAAAAGAGGGCAGGCUUUUGCUCAAAACAAUGAUGAAAUAACCUUUGUUAAAAAGAAGACCUGUGCAGAUGUUGAACUGAGCCCAGGAGAGCAGUAUUUGAUCAUGGGAAAAGAAGCCUUAAAGAUAAGCGUUGGUUACAGUUUCAAAUUCCAGUACCCUUUGGACUCCAGCACUUGGAUUGAGUGGUGGCCUUCAAACCCAUCCUGUACCUUCUGUGGGCAGUUUUUAAACACAAUGGAUGAUUUUGCUGAAGAUCUCAUGAUCAAUGGCUGCUGAUUCACUUGGAGAGUUCUUGAAUUAAAAAGCCAGAUCAAAUCUCAUGUAAAAAAAAAAAAUCCUCACCUGUUUGGCAAUUCCUUCUUGAACUGAACAUUUAUUAAUAGUCACCUUGAAAAAUGAGCUUUGCUUGUAUUUUAUAGCAAUGUUGUUACAACGUAGUGAUGCUCAAAUAUGAUUUUUAAGCUUGGAUGGGAGAAUCACAUGGACUGCUGCAAAGACAUUUGGAGCCAGAUGAAGUGGAUCAACUGUAAAAACACACAUGGAAAGUACUGUCUUGUCAUCAAAUCCCAGGUCUUAUUAAAACACAAAUAUUUGCAGCCACUUCAUAAGCUCUUUGUGAAAGAAACUACUUUAUUCCUCAGGUUUUCCUUUUGUACUCUGUUUGAAUUCCUGCAUUUCCAUCCCUGACAGUAACUGAUGCUGGUUUUGUGCUCUGCUUUCUUGUUUAAAAAAAAA